GUCGUCGUUGGGGUGGCGUUGCACGCCGUGUUCGAUCGGGUGGUGGCAGCUGAACAUUUUGUGUAAACGCGUGAGUGUCUCGUCGCUGUUACUUUCUCGAGCGAAAUGCAACCUCCACCUAGGAAAGGAAAUUAUGUGAAGUUUCUAAAAAACUUGCAUUCGGAACAAAUAGCGAAAUUACAUUUGAAAAAUCAAAAUGAAUGUGAUUUGCUUGAAGAUAUAAGGAGCUUUUUAAUAAAAAAAUCUGCAAUAGAAAAAUCGUAUUCCGAUGCCCUGCUCAAAAUAUCUGUAGCUUUUUUGAAUAAAAAAAUCGCUAAUAUACCUGAUAUAAAGACUGAAGGCAGUGAAGAAAAAUGGAAUAUGUGGAAUGUGUGGCGUACAGUGCUAGAAGAAAACGAAACAGCUGCAAAAGCACGUUUAGAAGCUAUCGAACUACUACAAAAUCAAAUAAACGACGAAGCAAAAACUUUGCGAGCGCACAAACUGCAAAUAGCUAAAAAGUGUACAGACCAUUUAACUCAAGUUCAAAAAGAGCUUCAUUCUUCUGUCCAAGAAGUUGACAAGACAAAAAAAUUCUACUUCGACGAAGAACAAAGUGCUCAUGAAGUGAGAGAUAAAGCUAAAGAUAUUGAAGAAAAAUUAAAAAAAAAAAAAGGUUCAUUUUUCCAAUCAAUUACGUCCUUGCAAAAAAAUAGUGCCAAAGUGUCUUCGAGAAGAGAAGUAUUGGAAGAAAAAUCGUCGGGUGCAAGGAACGAUUACUUACUUAGUUUGGCUGCAGCUAACGCUCAUCAAACACGUUAUUUCUUGGUUGAUCUUCAAAAUGUUAUGAAUACUAUGGAAAAUAAUGUGUAUGAAAAGGUGCAAGAAUAUUUAGCAUUGCUUAGUAAAAUUGAGCUACUAACGUGUACAGUUGUUCAUAACUCUUUCAAGAAAGUUAGAGACCAAGCACAACAAUUAAGUCGAGAAUAUAAUAUGCAAUGUGUAUACCUUUUUUAUCCGGUUUUAAAACAACAUGUACAAUAUCAAUUUGAAGCAUGUGAUGGCGAUACAAUAGAUCAUAUAACCGCGGACCAUGGAGGAGUUGUAACAAUUCUUAGCCAAGAAGCCAUAAGAUGGGCUACACGAAUUUUAAGAGAAACAAACAAUAUUAAAGAAAACACUAGAAAAUUACAGGUCUUCCAGGCACUCAGAGAAUCUGGUCAAAAGAAUGAUCCUAAUGAUCCUAAUGGAUCUGACUUAGAAACAAAAAUUGAAUCGUUAAAAAAUAGUAUCCGUAGAUCUGAAAUAGCUAAAGUAAAAGCGGAAGCUCGCAUAGAAUGUUUAAAGAAUGGCGAUGGAAAUGUUAAUGUGGAAGAAUGGCUGGCAGAUAUAGGUGAUAUAAGUGCUGAACUUCAGCGGUCGAAUAGUACAUCUUCCUUGCCGGCAGAAGGAAGCGCUACUAAUGCUAUGACGUCUGAUUAUGACAGUGAAGAUUAUGGAGAUGGUCCUUCUGAUAGCCCAGUACCGAUGGACCAACCACAGUCUUUGUCUCAGGAUGAGGAAGAGAGACCGGAUUCUGCGGAAAUGGAUAAAGAUUGGGCUCUCGUAGAACGAGAACGUCAACGUAUUGAACAGUUAACUGCGGGUUGGGAUGAUCCAACACAGGUGAACUGGGAAGAAACUGGUGAUUCUGAAGACAAGGCUACUUAUCCUCAGCAUACUCAAGAACCAGAAGGACCCGUUUACAAAAGUACUGCUUUGUAUAGCUACACGGCUCAACAUCCAGAUGAACUGACAAUAGUAGAAAACGAGCAACUUGAAGUGUUUAGUGUAGACAGUGACAAUUCUGGUUGGUCUAAAGCAAGAAAUUAUAAAGGAGAAGUAGGAUAUGUACCAUCUAAUUAUUUGGAUAUUGAACAAGAAACUUGUGAUCCAGAAACUCGCGAUACUCCUACCACUUACCAGCUUAGAUCACAAAUAAGUUUUUCAUCUGUGGACUAUAUGGUAAACGAUGCAACUACAAGUCAACCCUUACAGAGUCAGUCCGACGAAGAAAACGAAGCUGAAGAACAGUCUUCAGAGAAAAGUAUCACAACUGUAUGGGAGAAAAAAGAAGGAGGAAUUAUAGAAAUACCAUCGUAUUGUGUUGCACUAUUUGACUAUGACGCUAAUGAUCCUGAAGAAUUGGGCAUGAAGGAAGGAGAAAUUAUUAAAGUAGUGGACAAGACUACUCACGUAGAUGAUGGAUGGUGGGUCGGGGAAUUGGGUAGUAAAAUGGGACACUUCCCGUCAUGUUUGGUGAAAGAGUGUUAUGAAAACGGAGAACAUAUACCUACACCAACAUCCGAAAAUGGCGAUAGUGAUUUUUCGAACGAUGACCAUCCAGAAUUCGUUACAAAUGCUCCCCCGCCACCCCCACCGCCAACUGCAUUUACACCACCCGAAUUACUUUCCUCGUCUUUGUUUCCUACUCAAGUAAUUGUUACUCAGCCCACACCUAGUGGUGAACAUGGACCACAAGGAUUUAAUCCAGAAGCCGAAAUUUCAAUGAAAGCCAAUGAUUUUUCUAUGGAAUUGACUCAAAACCAACAAGAACAAUAUCAUACUCAGUUUUUCGGAGAUUUGGAAGAAAAUACACUGGUUAAUGUACCUGCGGUUCCUCAACUAUGUAUAGAAAAUGAAGAUGAUAAUAACUCUUCUGAACCCCCAGAUGCACCUCCACCGCCAGCACCCACUGCAGACGCGUUAGGCGUCGCUCAAAUUGUCAUUACAGCUGCAACACCUGUGGUUGAAGAACCCGAAAAGCCAUUUGGACAAGAAUCUACUACGACGGAAACUCAACCAGAAUCGGAAUCCGAACCGGAAGAAGAGCAUCAUAUGAGUGUCGACAGCGACUACUUUCCGGCUACAAUACCGGAGGAAUCUGAAGACGAACUCAAGAUGCUCGAGUCUGAUGAACCGUCUGACCAAGGUUUACCAUCACUACCGGAGCUUGAGCCUGGUCAAUUAGCGAAACUACACAAUCUUAAAGAGUCAAACGCCUAAGAGCUUUACCACUUUAACCUUAUUUUGAAUAAAUUGAAGACCUAUUGAUGUAGGUACCUAAAUAUUUUUCAAAUUGGUUUGUCAAUAGUCAUGUAUUAUUAUAAAUGUAUGAACUGUCAAAGUAUUAUUAUUCAACGUAGUAGCACUGAUAUGUACCUUCGUGUACAAGUGUUUUUAUAAUUUAUUGUACUAUACAAAAAUCAGAAUAAAUCGACCACGAUAAAAUUACCAUACUGAAUAUUGUAUCAAAUAUUUGUAUACAUUUAUAAUAAUGAUACAAUAGCAGGGAUUUUAAUUUUCAAACUAAACAAUAUUUAUAAAAAACAAUUUUUAAAUUAUCUUUGCGUAUAAAUCAUAUUCAAUAACAAGUUGUUUAAAUUUUUUAAAUAUUGUAGAUUCGACAUUUAUUUUCCAUGUUUUUAAUUUUUAAAAAUGUCUUAUUUAUAAACAUUUUCAUGUUGGUAGGUAUAGAACAGUAGAAAGUAUACAUUUAUAA